CCGGAGGCUUAUUCCUAAACGGAUCACACUCGGCGCGGAUACCGGCGCAGCGGGACUUGGCGAUUUCUUCGACGUGUGAGUCUGUACAUGUGAGAACUCUUCUUCUUGACUGACGCUCCACAAGAACGUACAGUGUCCUCAUAGACAUCGGCGGCACAUCCUUGCCUGUCGUCCUAGGUGAGCCUUCAGUCUUACAGCAGGAGCACUGCAUCUGAGGCUGAGGAGCACACAAGACACGGGUUCCUCGGAUUUGUGGGUCCUGUCCAAUGUAUGCCAGGGAACAUGCUCCUCAGCAGAUACGGCUCUUUACCCACCGAACACGUUCCAUGGUAUAGGCCUGGAUGCUGCCCUUGUGUACGGCGAUUCGAAGACUGGGACGUAUGCGAGAGGGAUGAUUGGGUAUGACGCUGUGUCAUUGGCGGGUCUUACGUUGCAGGAUCAGUAUUUCGCGGCUAUCAACGAUACGAAUACGUCUGUGGCUCAGACUCGGUGCUCUGGGAUCUUUGGACUUGGGUUUCCUCUCAACAGCGUGAUCUGGACUGAUAUGUUCCUGAACCAACAACAGGUUUCGAGAUCGCGAAGUCUUCGUCGUGAUGUAGUUUCGCGUAUAGAUGCCAUGCGGAAGCGCUGGUUUGACAAGUCUGUCCUUGGAAUUUCCUCGUUUCGACAUGUCGAUCCUCCCUCUUACCAGUCUAUGCCUCAGCUGAAACGUCAGGUGACGACCUCGUCGUCUGCGAUUAUUUCUUCUUUUGGAGUAUCCGGUCCAUUCAUCCCUCGCCUUGUUUCGCUCGGAGGGCUUGCGUCGCCCAUGUUCGCGAUUGCUCUGCAGCGAGAUACGAUCGAGAUUGGAGGGAACGAAGGCAUGCUUUCUAUAGGUGGACUGCCAUCUGGGGUUCAAAACGAGAGCCUGACGUGGGUUCCCGUGCGUCAAUAUGCGCUUCAACAAGGCGGCUUGACACAGGAUGCUUCUGUUGAGGCGUAUCCUAUUGCUUGGGAGAUUCCGGUAGAUGAUGUCUUUCUUGACGGCGUGAAACUUCCUCGGUCGCAGUUGUGUUCUAGUAAUAUCUCAUUGUCAGCGCUGAUUGACACAGGCAAUUCUUUGAUUCGAGGUCCGCCUGACGUCAUUUCGUAUAUCCAGAACAUGCUAGGGGGACCUCACUUUGCCUGUUCAUCUCCUCAUACACUGGCAUUCCAGAUUGGUGGUCGCAUGUUCCCCGUCGACCCAAGAGACUUCGUGAAUCAAGUGCAUUCCGGAGACGCACAGGUGUGCGGGGCGAAUCUUGCGCAGACUGAUGUGCCUGUUCUCGGUGGGGGUGGAUACCUGUACAGCUGGAGUUUAGGAGAUCCGUUUCUGAAAGGAGUGCUCGCAGCGUUCUAUUAUGGUUCUUUUACAGGACUUUCGCAAGACCCUCCACGGAUCGGGUUCCUGUCUACUGUUCCUUCUGAUGCCGGUCAACGUUUAGAGGAUGCUGUUUCAGCAGCAUCUGCGGAACAGAAUGAUCUUCCUGGUUAGUUAACAUCUUCUGAUAUUGGUGCGUCUUAUCAUUCUCCUGCAGGAACGAAAAUGUUGCCGCCAUC